GAUAAAAAAGCGAGGCCGAAGGUAGGCUGGCAGAUACGUUCGUUAGAUUACUCCUUUCUGCCCGUGGACGCCGUCGAGUAAGCAUCGUGAAAGUCUCCCCUCCCACCGCCGUCAUGUCUAAGUCAGAGUCUCCCAAAGAGCCUGAACAGCUGCGGAAGCUUUUCAUUGGAGGUUUGAGCUUUGAAACAACCGAUGAGAGUCUGAGGAGCCAUUUUGAGCAAUGGGGAACGCUUACGGACUGUGUGGUAAUGAGAGAUCCAAACACCAAGCGCUCCAGAGGCUUUGGGUUUGUCACUUAUGCCACUGUGGAAGAGGUGGAUGCAGCCAUGAAUGCAAGGCCACACAAGGUGGAUGGAAGAGUUGUGGAACCAAAGAGGGCUGUCUCGAGAGAAGAUUCUCAAAGACCUGGUGCCCACUUAACUGUGAAAAAGAUUUUUGUCGGUGGCAUUAAAGAAGACACUGAAGAACAUCAUCUAAGAGAUUAUUUUGAACAGUAUGGGAAAAUUGAAGUGAUUGAAAUCAUGACUGACCGAGGCAGUGGCAAAAAGAGAGGCUUUGCUUUUGUGACCUUUGAUGACCAUGACUCUGUAGACAAGAUUGUCAUUCAAAAAUACCAUACUGUGAACGGCCACAACUGUGAAGUAAGGAAAGCUUUAUCUAAGCAAGAGAUGGCUAGUGCUUCUUCCAGCCAAAGAGGUCGAAGUGGUUCUGGGAACUUCGGUGGUGGUCGUGGAGGUGGUUUUGGUGGGAAUGACAAUUUCGGCCGUGGAGGAAACUUCAGUGGGCGAGGUGGCUUUGGCGGCAGUCGAGGUGGUGGUGGAUAUGGUGGCAGUGGGGAUGGCUAUAACGGAUUUGGUAACGAUGGUGGUUAUGGAGGAGGCGGCCCUGGUUACUCUGGAGGAAGCAGAGGCUAUGGAAGUGGUGGACAGGGUUAUGGAAACCAGGGCAGUGGCUAUGGCGGGAGUGGCAGCUAUGACAGCUAUAACAACGGAGGAGGCGGAGGCGGCUUUGGCGGUGGUAGUGGAAGCAACUUUGGAGGUGGUGGAAGCUAUAAUGAUUUUGGCAAUUACAACAAUCAAUCUUCAAAUUUUGGACCCAUGAAAGGAGGAAAUUUUGGAGGCAGAAGCUCUGGCCCCUAUGGUGGUGGAGGCCAAUACUUUGCCAAACCACGAAACCAAGGUGGCUAUGGCGGUUCCAGCAGCAGCAGUAGCUAUGGCAGUGGCAGAAGGUUUUAAUUACUGCCAGGAAACAAAGCUUAGCAGGAGAGGAGAGCCAGAGAAGUGACAGGGAAGCUACAGGUUACAACAGAUUUGUGAACUCAGCCAAGCACAGUGGUGGCAGGGCCUAGCUGCUACAAAGAAGACAUGUUUUAGACAAUACUCAUGUGUAUGGGCAAAAAACUCGAGGACUGUAUUUGUGACUAAUUGUAUAACAGGUUAUUUUAGUUUCUGUUCUGUGGAAAGUGUAAAGCAUUCCAACAAAGGGUUUUAAUGUAGAUUUUUUUUUUUGCACCCAUGCUGUUGAUUGCUAAAUGUAAUAGUCUGAUCAUGACGCUGAAUAAAUGUGUCUUUUUUUAAAUGUGCUGUGUAAAGUUAGUCUACUCUGAAGCCAUCUUGGUAAACUACCCCAACAGUGUGAAGUUAGAAUUCCAUCAGGGUGAUGCCAGGUUCCAUUUGAAAUUUAUUUGCAACCUGCUUGGGCACAGAAGCCGUUGUCUCCACAAACAUUGGUGUGGUUGAACUGACAGUUAAUGUGUUGUGACCUGGAGUUCACCGUUAAAAGGGUCACCCAAGCAAAGUCCUGGAGUUUAUUUGGUUAUUAAUAUGAUUGUUGGCACAUCCUAUGCAAUAUAUCUAAAUUGAAUUAUGGUAUCAGAUAAAAUUAUAGAUGGGAUUAAAGCUUGUGUAUCGUCCAUUAUCAUGUGUAAUCAAUAAACGAUUUAAUAUUCUCUUGAA